CAUUGAUCUGUGUGGCGUGUUUUGAUUCACCAUACUUCCAACUUGGAAAGGUCCAAGUUUCACCACCGAUUGCGUCGUGACUCUUGAGGAUCUAGAAAACUAGCCUCAAAAUAUCACAUCAUUGGUUCUUUGAAAAUACAUGACAAAAUUAAUAUCAACAUUCUUAUGCUAUACCUAACAAAUGGAUGCCGGUCACCAUGUUCUGCUCUUCCUUCAUGAAUAAGUCAACAACACUCAGCUUCUUCAAUACUACCCUCGAAACCCACCACAAUAAUCACACACUACUGAUCCUAACUUCCCGCAAGCAUGAGAAUCUUCUUCACUCACCUUAACUACCUCAUCAUCCUUGUUAUUAGCUGCUGCUUCUUCUUUAUCACUCCAUCAACCUCUUUGGAUACUUUAACCGGGACUCAAAUCCUCACAACCAACCAAACCUUGUUGUCAAAAAACCAAACCUUCGCUCUAGGCUUCUUCAGAGGUUCCAACACCAACUAUUACCUCGGAAUAUGGUACAACAACAUCAAUCCUCAAACUACAGUUUGGGUUGCAAACAGAGACAACCCCGUUGACAACUCUACCGGCUAUCUCAAGAUCGGAGACAACGGAAACUUUGUCCUCCUCAAUUCAUCCGGGAACCCUGCAUGGUCCUCCAACCAAACCAGCGCCAAGAAUCCUGUUCUCCAGCUCCUCGAUACCGGUAACCUUGUUCUCAAAGAUUCAUCAGACAAGACCAACAAUAACUACUUAUGGCAGAGCUUUGAUUACCCAACGGAUACCGUGUUACCGGGGAUGAAGAUCGGUUGGAACUUGGACACAGGAACGGAGAAGCAUUUAACAUCAUGGAAGGUUACAGGUGAAGACCCUUCAAGCGGUGACUUCACUAUGAAGUUAGAUUACCAUGGUUUACCUGAGGCUUUCCUCAGGAAAAACCAAACUAUAAUAUUCCGAACUGGUCCUUGGAAUGGUGAGGGAUACAGUGGGAUCCCGGCGAUGAAAGACAACAUCGACGGUCUCCAGUUCAAUUUCACUUAUGAUGAGCACAGUGUGUUGUACUCUUUUUCCAUUACAGAACCUUCCUUGUUGCCGAGGAUAAUUGUGACAUCUGAUACUGAUGGCGAGUUUCAACGCUACAUGUGGAUACAAGGAAGUUGGAACAAGUUCUGGUAUCAGCCAGCGGAUCAAUGCGAUUACUAUAGACAGUGUGGUCCGUAUGGAGUGUGUGACGAGAAUGCUUCACCUAUUUGCAAGUGUAUGCAGGGGUUCAGGCCUAAGAACCAAGAAGCUUGGAACUUGAGAGAUGGAUCUGAUGGGUGUGUGAGGAACACGGCUUUGAAUUGUUCCACUGACAAGUUCUUGCAUCUUGAGCACACGAAGCUGCCGGAGACAAGCAGCGUGUUUAUGAAUAAGAGUAUGACACUUGAUGAAUGUGGGAGUUUGUGUAAGAGGAAUUGUUCAUGCACUGCCUAUGCAAACAUCGAUAUCAGAAAUGGAGGAAGUGGCUGUGUCAUGUGGCUUGGUCAACUCAUUGACAUGAGAGUCUACAGUACGGAUGGCCAAGAUCUCUAUGUCAGAUUAGCAGCUGCUGAUAUAGGAUCUACUAGCUCCAACAAGAAUCAUAGAGCAGUUCUGGCUGUUGGCAUCACAGUUUGUGCACUUGUUUUAGUUUUGGGAUUGGUUGCUAUUUGUUACUUAAGGAAGAAGAGACAACAAAGUUCUAGAGCCGCUAUUCCAGGUUUUGUCCACAGAAGUCAUGAUAGUUUGAUGAAUGAGGUGGUAUCUUCUAGAGGAUACUUAGGUGAUGAAAGGAACAUGGAUGAUAUAGAGCUGCCAUUGUUUGAUUGUGAUACCUUAACAAUGGCUACAAACAAUUUCUCUCAAGAUAAUAAACUUGGAGAAGGAGGCUUCGGUAGUGUUUAUAUGGGCAGAUUGAUUGAAGGUCAAAAAAUUGCUGUGAAGAGAUUAUCAAAAUAUUCUGGACAAGGAAUUGAGGAGUUUAAGAAUGAAGUCAAGCUAAUUGUCAAACUCCAACAUCGAAAUCUUGUUCGAUUGCUUGGUUGCUGUAUUGAAAAUGAUGAAAAGAUGUUGGUGUAUGAGUAUAUGGAAAACAGAGGCCUUGAUUCCAUUUUGUUUGACAAAUCAAAAAGUAGAGUUUUGCUUGACUGGGAAAGGCGUUUUAAUAUCAUAUAUGGAAUAGCUAGAGGACUUCUUUAUUUGCAUCAAGAUUCAAGAUUUCGAAUUAUUCAUAGAGAUCUUAAGAUAAGUAACAUAUUACUAGAUAAUGAAAUGAUUCCCAAGAUAUCAGAUUUUGGAAUGGCAAGAAUAUUUGACAAAGAUCAAACGCAAGCAAAAACAUUAAGAGUUGUUGGAACAUAUGGUUAUAUGUCUCCUGAAUAUGCUAUGGACGGAAACUUUUCAGUAAAAUCUGAUGUUUUUAGUUUUGGUGUUAUGGUAUUGGAAAUCAUAACUGGAAAGAAGAAUAGAGAGUUUUAUAGUGAUAACGAUGAAUUGAAUCUUCUGGGAAAUGUAUGGAGACAUUGGCAUGAAGGAACUGCAUUGACACUUCUUGAUCCAUCAAUCGGCAAUUCAUACACAGAAGCUGAAGUUGUAAGAUGCAUACAUAUUGGGCUCUUAUGUGUCCAAGAACAUGUAGAAGAUAGACCAACAAUGUCUUCAGUGAUCUUAAUGUUAAGUAGUGAAACUCCAUCUUUGCCAAAUCCUAAAACUCCUGGAUUUUCCAUAAAGAAAAAUCAUCCAAAGACUGAGUCAUCUUCAAGUAAGAAUGAUGAAACAUGGAGCGUAAAUCAAGUUACAGUCACAAUGUUAGAUGCUAGGUAGUUAAAGAAGAAUGAUGACAUCAUUCACUAUUUUUGUAUAUAUUCUCAGAAACUGAAAAAAAAAAAGACAAAUUCUACUCCUAUAUAUUUAAGUUGUAGCCUUUCUUAUUCUUUAAUCAAGUUAAAUUUGAUUAGUUAAUAAAUCUUUUAGUAAUAAAAAUGAUGAUUCCAUCAGAAUACAGAGGCAAACUUAUAGCUUCUAUUUUAA